UCACUUUGGUGGGCUACUCUGAUUUAAAAGCAGACUACUGACUUUAUUAGAGCACAGGCAGAAGUGACUUGAUGCCACAAACAAAAUGCUGCUUCUAGCUUCAGCUUUUUUCCUAAUGCUACUGCAGUGCUCUAAUGCACAAAACGAACCAAGCAUUACGCCUGCAGACUGUAAUACCAUUGAAACAGAUGCAGGAGUGGCCCUGGAUUUGGUCAACAGACACCGCAGAAGUGGCUAUGUUUUUGGGUUAUUCCGUGUUGCUGACGCACAUGAACUACAUAUAGGAAAUUCAUCUUUCCUCUACUUAACUUUGGAUGUGCUGGAAACUGAAUGCCCUGUAUUAUCCAGAAGACACUGGGCGUCUUGUGAAUACAGUGACACCUAUUCCAUGGACUUUGGGCAGUGUAAGAUUAUCAUGCAUACAAGCCGUCUGCUGGGGAAACCUCAACUAUAUGGAUUUAAUUGUACAUUAAGUCCAGUUCCGCCAGAUUUAUUAGAGUGUGAAGAUUGUCCUGUGAAGAUUGAAAUCUUAGAAGUCACUGAGGAACAUAAAAGUAUUGCUGCAAAGGCCCUGGAGAAAUUCAACGAUGAGGGUAACCACACAAACUACUUUGGUGUGGACAAAGUUGAAAAGAUUUUAAAGAUGAUUGCCUCCCAUGAAGGUUACAUUUUAGGAUUUUCUAUAAAAGAGACCAACUGUUCCAAAUCCGCACGACAAGCAGAUCAGACAUUGGAAUGUGAUUUUCUGGAUGACUGGCACACUCAUGUGGGCUUCUGCAAGGCAAGAAUUAUCAGUGGCUCAGAUGAACCUGAUGGAACAGAUAUAAGCUGUGAAAUCUACCAUCCCUGGAAGCAUGGCUAUGGGAAGAGAUGCAGAUAUUCAGCUCCGGGACAACCACACAGACAUCCCCAUCAUCAUUUUGGUCACAGACAUCAUCACAGGCAUGGAUAUCCACCCUCUUCUCAGUCCAGACCUGAAGACCCUGAGCAUAACCAUAGUUUCAAAGAAGAACAUCAAGACAGCCAUGAAGAACCUGCUACUCCUCCCCCCAGUGGUGCACCACAUCAUCACCCUUACCCUCCACACCACUGUCCUCCACCUCCUCCCCAUGGUGGACCACAUCAUCCCCCUCCUCCUUACCAUGAUGGACCACAUCCUCCUCCCCAAGAAGAAUCACAACAUUCCCCUUCUGCUCCUCCUCCCCAAGAAGAAUCACAACAUUCCCCUUCUGCUCCUCCUCCCCAUGAUGCACCACAUCCUCCCCCUUUUGGUCCCCGCCAUGGACCACACCGUCCUCCUCAUGGACCACAUCACCACCAUCCUCCUCCCCCUCACGGACCACACUGUCCUCCCCCUCCUCAUGGACCACAUAACCACCAUCCUCCUCCCCCUCACGGACCACACUGUCCUCCCCCUCCUCAUGGACCACAUCACCACCAUCCUCCUCCCCCUCAUGGACCACACUGUCCUCCACCCCCUCAUGGACCACCUCACCCUCCUCAUUUCCAUGAUCACCACUGCAACAAGACAAGCAUAUCGGGAAAGCAUAUUCCAUUCCAAAUAACAGAAGCUCUCUAUCGCAUUCCAGUUCUAAAUCAGCAGGAUUCUCUCACACCUCCCAUUGCAAACUUUCCUUACCUAUUCCAAAGCAAGCCUCACUCUGGUGAAGGUAUUCCCUUCACUGGCUCAAGUGUAAAGGAGAUGCCAGAAGCUCCAGGUUUUCUAGAUCAACUUACACAAUCAAAGUCAUGCCCAGGAAUGCCCAAACUUGUUCUUCCAAAAAUUUUGCCUUUAUUUCCGCAUAGCUCCAUGGCAGAAAAAUCUGCAUGACCUCAGAGAAAUAUGUUCGUGGCUUGAGAGUUGCAGGGCCAAUGACAGCUGUACAGUGAAUGAAAACACCACGAGGAGAAGGGGAAAAGCAUACAAUUUCUAAGCAGCAGCACAAAAACUAAUGAUUAGGUGUUCCAACCUGCCUCUUGAUCCCAGCUAUCUCAGACUCCACUGUAACUGAAAGGCUCUGAGUCCCUCAGAUAAUGUGAAUGGGUACAAAUCUCCCCAGCAAACAAUGCUCCUUUAAUUCUAACAAAAAGAAAAAUUUCCUAAUAGUCAAAACUACUACCUAAAAUCUUUCAUUUUCUCAUAAUUCAUAAUCAUAAUGUACUUCUCUGAGGAAAUCUGACUUGAGGAAAUCUGACCAAUUUCCAUAAAAAAUGAUCCAUGGCACUACACUCAUGCUUUAUAAAAAUUCAAAGAAAAUAAAAAUAUGUAUGCUUUCUUUUUUUCUUGA